UUGACACAAUUUUUGACAUUAUUAACACAAAAAUCAGUAUAGUACGUAUAUAAUACGUAUUUUACAUAUUCCAUGAUGCAGUCUCAAUAUGAGUUGUUCAAUCCAUUUAACUAAGGAAGGAAAGUUGGAGUCUACAGAUAUGACACAUGUAAAUCCACAUCUGGCUCACUUUAUAUGCCAACAUGUUACCUCACCCACGGUCUUCAAACAGUUCAUUGAAUCAUGGCCAGCAAUGCAAUGGACUGUACAAUUCUUGAGCAACAUAUUGGGAAGCAGAGUGCUUCGCUGGAGGGUUGGCUCUAAAGCUAAAGAAAAAGAAGUUGAAUAUGAGAAUAAAGCUAAAUAUAUUGAAGCUACCCUAAGUGACUAUGAUAACUGGUUGAGACAGACAACAGACUCCAACCCGCUUAGUGCUGUGGACAGAGAGACCCAGUGGUGCUAUGCAGACUACAUGUACAUGCAGCAAAUAUUUCAUGAGAAUGAUAACAUCUUGGAAAGUGUCAACUGGAAUACAUUUGGGUUUCCCAAUAGAAAUGGUGCUGACAGUACCAUAUGGAUUGGUAGCAAGGGGGCAAAUACGCCAUGUCAUUAUGACACAUAUGGGUGUAAUCUUGUAGCACAGAUAGAGGGCAGAAAGAGAUGGAUCAUGUUCCCACCCACAGACAGUGACAAACUCUACCCUACGAGACUCCCAUAUGAAGAGUCCAGUGUAUUCAGUCAAGUCAAUAUCAGAAAUCCAAACUUUGAACGCUAUCAGAGGAUAAAAGAUACUACACCACACAUUGUGAUCUUAGAGCCUGGGGAUGUCUUAUUUGUACCCAAGCACUGGUGGCACUAUGUCGAGUCCCUCUCCCCAAGUAUAUCUGUGAAUAUGUGGAUUGAUCUAAGAUCUGAUGAUAUAGACCACCUCACUGAGGCAAUUACAAGGACUCUGGUAUUCUCUCUGAUGGAGCAACAGGAUAAGCAGUGCACUGAAUUGUACAGCUCAAAGAGCCUCAAGGAUAACGAUGGUGCUGAAAAAUUGAAGGACUCUUGGUUAACUCCUUCAGAGACUAAAACAACGCAACAAGAAAACCUACAACUACUGAUGGUAGCACUGCAGAAUAUGAACAGAGACCCAACUGAGUUACAUUCUCACUCCGAGAUAGUAGCAAAUGUAACAAGAACUACAGAAAGUUCUCCACCAAGUACAGAAAUACAGCAAUCUGAACCAAGGACUAAACAUGAUAAAUGUGUCUCAAGUAAAUCUCCUGAACCCUUUCUUCCCUCUGAUGUUCAUGGACAAUGCUCUUCUAUCCUUACAACAGGUAAAAAUGUGUCUCAAAUAGAGGGCAGUAGUGAUGUAUCACCAUAUAAAAGACAGAAACUUGAUGGUGGAAGAAAUGAUGUAAAUGUGAGUGGAGUUUCUGAACAUUUGGACAAACACUGUGCAUUAUUAUAUGAUAACGACCAUGUAUUACACAAUAUGCACAUUGAAGAAGUAGUCAAAGAAUACAACCAUAAAAUGCUUCCAAUAAAUCCCACUAAAUUUGAGAAUUAUCUUGAAGAAAUAGGAGUUGAACUAGGUGGUGAUAAAAGUGGAAUUAAAUGUGAUUCUACUUGCAGUUGUCAGAAAAAGCCAUUCAGAUCUACCCAGGUUUAUCUAGAAACGUUAGUGGAUGUUAUUACAGAUAAAGAUGUUUUAUUAUUCAUGUGUGAAAAGUUAAAAGAAAAGUUGUCCUUGUCAGAUAAUCUAUGUGGGGAUUGAUCUUAGUGUGGAAGACUGAAAGUUCUUGUAAUUAUCUAAAGCAAUAUAUUUUUUUUUAAAUAUUCACACUUUUCACACUUGUGACGAUAACUCACUAUAAUAGUUGACGAAUUGAAAUCAGUUCCAAAAUUGACCCACAUCCGGGCAUUUGAAUUUAUCCGAAUUUCACAUCAUGUACCUGUAAUAAAUACAAGAGACGUUAUUAGAGAGGUUUCGCACAACAGUUUUGGCUCAACGUAUCUAAAAUCCGUAACUCAUUCACCAUAUUUAUGUGUAGAAGUUUAAUUAAAAUAAAUGUGGUUGCGGAUACUGAUACGUUUUAGCUAUAACCCGCGAAACCUCUCUAUAGUCACCCCCCUCCGUUCAUUUUGUGCGCUCUGUAACUAUUUCCUGUUGUACAUAUUGAUUCCACUAUUUUCAAAUUUUAAUUUAGUUGGUGAACAUAAAUUAAGGUUCAAGUAAAUUACACUGCAUUAAUUUUUACUUGGGGAACAUGUCACCUGGUUUCUUUCAAUCAAGGUGCCCCUCUUAAUUUAAAACCUGGAAAACCAUCUCCGUACUGUACAUUGGAAAAUGAGCAUAGCUACAUGUAUGCCUCUAAACGGGUUAUUAACAAAAACUAUUAUGGAAGAAACAUAAAAGAAUUAAUUUGUUUUUAUAUUUUAUUGCAUGCUCCUAGAAGAUACAGAAAUAUAAAAAUAAAAUUUCAUACAAAAUUAAAAACUAUAUAUUCAUUAUUUAUAGCAG